CUCACUGCCUCUGCGUGCGUGCGUCACUGCCGCGCCGCUCGCCCGAUCACGCGAUAAAUAACUCGCCUCUCUCUCUCCUCCUCAAGCAGUCAGGCUCAUCCAGGGAUCAGGGGACCCGCCCGCCUUGACUUUUCACGUUGCGUUUGAGCGGUGCUGCUGAUCUGCGAUUCCUCCUCUCUCUCUCUCUCUCCACUCCACACCUGAGAGGGAAUCCUGCUCCCUCUUGCUCCGCGCCCGCGGCGGCGGCGGCGGCUUUGGUAUCCGUGCGGGUGUUUCUGUCCGGCGUUUACUUGCCGGGCCAGCGCGGCAUUGGAGGAGGGAGAUCGGAGGCGUGAUCGAUGGGGAACUGCGUGGCGAGCGGGGGCACGACGACGGUCACGGCGGCAGGUGCUGCAGGGGAGGACGGGAGGCGGCGGGGGAGGAGGUGGAAGGCGCCGCGGGAGGAGCAGCUCGGUUCGGUCCCCGGCCGGAUCUUCUCCAACGACGGCCGCAGCCGCACCGCCGCCGUGUUCACGCAGCAGGGGCGGAAGGGGAUCAAUCAGGACGCCAUGCUCGUCUGGGAUGGGUUCGGCGGGGAGGAAGACGUCGUGCUUUGUGGGGUGUUCGACGGGCACGGCCCGCAUGGCCACCUGGUGGCGCGCAGAGUCCGCGAUGCGAUGCCGCUGAAGCUCAUGUCCGCGGUGCGCGCGUCCAAGGCUGGCUUGGAUAUGCCCGCCGCCGCGUGGAGGAAGGCCUUCGCGCGCGCCUACAAGACCAUGGACAAGGACCUUCGCUCCCACGCCACCCUAGAUUGCUUCUGCAGUGGCAGCACCGCCGUCACCGUACUCAAGCUCGGCUCGGAUCUCUACAUGGCCAACAUUGGUGACUCACGCGCCGUCCUUGGCUCGAGGGAUGGUGGCGACGGCGGCAUGGUGGCCUUGCAACUGACUAUUGACCUCAAACCGGAUGUUCCCAGCGAGGCAGAACGGAUCAAGAAGUGCAGGGGCAGAGUAUUUGCUCUGCAGGACGAACCGGAGGUGCCGCGGGUCUGGCUGCCGUUCGAUGACGCGCCAGGCCUGGCAAUGGCCCGGGCCUUUGGGGACUUCUGCCUCAAGGAUUAUGGUGUCAUUUCGGUUCCAGAGUUCUUCCACUGGUCGCUCACAGAGAAGGAUCAGUUUGUCAUCCUUGCAUCAGAUGGGGUGUGGGAUGUCCUCAGCAACCAGGAGGCCGUUGACAUAGUGUCGUCGUCCCCAAGCCGAUCAAAGGCCGCAAGAUCCCUCGUCGAGGCCGCGACCCGUGAAUGGAAAACCAAGUACCCGACAUCGAAGAUCGAUGACUGCGCAGUGGUCUGCCUAUAUCUGGACGGCAAAAUGGACCACGAACGUGACUCGACGGCCUCCAUGGACAACAUGAGCCUCGACGAAGGUUCAGCCGCGGACCCAAACGAAGCCCAGGAGCAGGAGCCAGCGCUGACCCGCAACUUCACGGUCAGGACGGUCGCCGGAAGCGCCCACGAGAAGGCGCUGUCGGGGGCGGUGGAUGUGGUCGUUGCCGGCGCAGCCCACGACCAGAGUUGGUCAGGCCUCGACGGGGUGACGCGGGUGAACUCGCUCGUCCAGCUUCCGAGGUUCUCCGACGAGAAGGCGAUCGGCUGACGAGCUGUGCAAUUCUUUGGUUUUCAGUUAACUUAUUAUCUUUUCCUGCUUGAAAAUUUAGUUUAGUUUGCCCGUUGUUUGAGAGCAAAGAUGGAAACGGAAUACUGUAUGGUCUUUGUGAUUUGCAUCGGCGCGUAGGUAUAGUGUGUUUUUUGAGCCACUGUGGUCUUAGGGUGUGAGCCGCGACUUUUAACACGGCGGAAUUGUGCUUUGCUGGAGCACAAAGGGUUCGUCCUAUGCUGUGUUCUAUCUUCAGGUAUGAUAAGCAUUCCUGAAAGGUGAAACAGCAAGGGGCGCCUUUUGUUCAGAGCUUGCGAUUUUGCUGUGUUUAAACGAACAGCUCGUGCUCCUAAGCACACUGGGGCGCAAACGCAUGCUAGGCGCCAGUCAUCUGGGGGUGAGGUGAUGACGCUGUCGGGUGGCCUGUAAAUUCGAGCACCGUCCAUCGGCACAGCACUUGGCUUUGUAAAAAGAGAAGCGUGUGUCUGGGCUUUUCCCGGGCGUAGCUUUUGUUGAC